CGGGCGCAUUGGCUGCGCGGGGCGCGGGUGGCGGGUGGCGCUUUGAACUCCGCGCACGGCGGUGCGGGCCGGGGUCUGGGGUCCGGGGCUGCAGUCGGGGUUCGAUCCGGGCCGGGCGGAGGCCGGGGCCGGGCUGUGGGCAGCGGGAGCCGCGAGCAGGCUGCCGGCGCUCCUGGGCGUCCGCGGCGCGGACCAUGGCGGCCGAGGCGCGCGUGUCACGCUGGUACUUCGGGGGACUGGCCUCCUGCGGAGCCGCGUGCUGCACGCACCCGUUGGACCUGCUCAAGGUGCACCUGCAGACACAGCAGGAGGUGAAGCUGCGCAUGACCGGCAUGGCGCUGCAGGUGGUGCGCUCCAACGGCAUCCUGGCACUCUACAACGGCCUCAGCGCCUCCCUGUGCAGACAGAUGACCUACUCCCUGACUCGGUUCGCCAUCUAUGAGACCGUGCGGGACCAUGUGACCAAGGGCAGCCAGGGGCCCCCGCCUUUCUACAAGAAGGUGUUGCUGGGCUCCAUCAGCGGUUGCAUUGGAGGCUUCGUGGGGACUCCCGCCGAUAUGGUCAAUGUCAGGAUGCAGAAUGACAUGAAGCUGCCCCCACAUCAGCGUCGCAACUACGCCCACGCCUUGGACGGCUUGUACCGCGUGGCCCGAGAAGAGGGUCUGAAGAAGCUGUUCUCGGGCGCGAGCAUGGCAUCCAGUCGGGGGAUGCUUGUCACCGUGGGCCAGCUGUCCUGCUACGAUCAAGCCAAGCAGCUGGUCCUCAGCACCGGGCACCUGUCUGACGGCGUCCUCACUCACUUCGUCGCUAGCUUCAUCGCGGGUGGGUGUGCCACGAUCCUGUGCCAGCCCCUGGACGUCCUGAAGACGCGGCUGAUGAACUCCAAGGGCGAGUAUCAGGGUGUUCUCCACUGCGCAGUAGAGACAGCAAAGCUUNGUCCCCGUGUCUCCGCCCAGGGCCUCGUGCCUGCAGGCAUCCGCCUCAUGCCGCACACCGUGCUCACGUUCGUGUUUCUGGAACAGCUUCGCAAACACUUCGGCAUCAAAGUGCUUUCCUGACGGGCCGGGGAGCGGGCUGAGCCAUAUCCAGACCCCAGCACCAGGUUCUUCCAGAGCCCAGGGGGGUUGGUGGGCUGGGCGCUGGCCCAGUGCCCAGGCCUCCCUCCCACCGGCCAGGUCCCCACCCUGGCCUUCCCCGACAGGCUCCUGCCCGCACCCAGCCUUCCUGGCCGGAGCCCAUUCCAGUGACCCUGUCCCCUCCACCUCCUGCCCGCCCACCCCAGGCUCUCGCCAUCUGGUAUUCGGCGGCCCCCCCUGCACACUUAGGACGCAGAGGGGGUUGUCCAGGCCCAGAUCCGGUUUUCUUCCCUCCCUGAGUAGCCAGUUAACACUUGAGGUGGGCUGUCCAGGCUUUCUAGAGUCUGGGGCCCUGAGCACCAUCUUCCAGCAGCUUCCGUCAAGGAGCUGGGUGGCAGCCGGGGGAGGGGGGGGCCGACCCCCAGCGUGGCCCACUGGACUAGGUGUGUGCACAUGCACUUUUAUUUCUGGAGCGGGACCAUAGCUUUUCUGACACUCAAGGGUGGCUGUGUCCCCAGAGCCCCCGGGCGCGUGGGCAGAAUCAGCCUGUCCCAGAGGGACGGUGAGCACACGGCCCGCGGGCGCCAGGUCCAGCCAGCCCCCCAUUGCUUUCGCAAGUAGUUUCGCCAACAGCUCUCCGAGCCAGGAGCCUGCUGCUGCCUUCCUGGGUGGGCAGUAUCCCAUGCGCUGCCCACGCCUCCCCCAGCUCCCCAGGCGGAGGCAGGCUGCAGGGUGUCCUCAGGGACCCACUCUGUGUGAACGGUGGCUGUCCACAGGCCCCCCACAGCCGAGACCCAAAACGCCAGCACCUGAGUUCUGCUGCCAGAGCCGCCUGUCCACGCCCCCAGCAGCGGGGGUCUGUAGGGGUGUUAAUGAAGGACAGCGAAGU